AUGUGGAGACGAAUCGUCUCUUCUCAUCUCAAAACCCUAGCAGCUUCCGAUUUCACUGCUGCUUCGCCUCGCCGAUUGAGCAUCUGCAAUCCAGUUCUCUCUGCCUCUACCACCAAUCGAUCAACUGUUUCUGCUUCUUCUUCUUCGUCUCAUUUCCUACGUCACUUCAACUCUGAAUCAGAAUGCAGAUUCUACCAACAUGAACACAUUAAAACCCUAGCAACAACUGAUCUCGCUGCUGCUUCGCCUUGCCGUUUUUGUCGGCUGCAAACCCGUAGGUCUUCUCCUUGCUGUCAAUGGAUCGACGAUCUCCGCUUCUUCAUCGUCUUUCCCUUGCCAUUUCAGCUCCAAAUCAGGAAUGACUUGUCAUUACGUGUGUAUAUUGCAGAAGGUAUCUACGUAAAGAAGAAUGUGGAGGAUGUAGAACAUAUCUUAACCGGAAAUGAGACAAAGGAGCUUGAGAAGGAACGGUGUUUGAGUAGUGGCGAAGGUAAUGGUGGCAUCGGGGACGGUAACACCAGCCCUCGGGCAGUGGUGGUGGCAGCAGCAGUCUUGGCAGCGGCUGUUAUGGUGAUGGUGGCGGCGGCGCCGAUAGUGCCCAUCGUAGUGAUGCUGUUGCCGUUUGUGGGGAUGUUGUUGUUGAUGGUCAUGGCUCUGAUACCGCCGUUGGUGUCGAUGGUCAUGGCUAUGUUCGCGUCGGUGGUGCUGAUGUUGGUGUCGAUCAUGGCGUUGCCGAUCAUGGUUGUGUUGACGCCGAUCAUGACCGUGGUUGAGUGGAUUUUUAAGGGUGUAUAA